AUGUCUGCUGAAUCACAGCGUGUCGUUUACGGCGCGAAGUUCGACAUUCCGUACGCUAUCGGCAGUGUCUCAGUUCCACUCGACGCCCUUGGGGCAUCCUCACCGUCACGGGCAGGAACGCAGGAGGUGCGAGGGGCCGGCCCGUCCCCGUCCUCCUCGCGCCGUCGCGGUGUCAGCUCCGGCAACAUCAGCUCCGUGCGUCGAUGCACACACCACAGGUACUGCUACGUCCGCGACGGCAGCGAGCUCUUGCAGGACGCCUUCUAUCGGUGGCUGGAGCAGCAGCGGCAAGAGCACCGGGAAGGUACUCAUGCAAGUAGCACGGGCGAUCCCCGGAAUGAGGUCCCCGGAGGGCCGUUGACUCCUGCGACCGACUCAGCAUCCUCCACCAAUGCUCCCCCUUCGGUACCACCCGAUGCGCCGAGUAGUCCCUCGCUCUUUUACGCCUCCGUGAAGUGCGUGGUGUUUGUGCUGCCAAAUAGCUUUCCCCACCCCCGCCGUGUUCUGCGGCGCCCGCCCUUCAUCAUCGAGGACGACACCUGGGCAGAGCAUGUUGUGGAAAUACAACUGCACUUCUGGCCACAUCUCAAGAUCCCGCCCGCUACGGUCGUGCACCAGGCCCUGCUGGAGCGUCGCGUUUUGACUGCACCGCCGCCCUAUCAGAGUGGCGCUAUGUCGCCUGCGGCGCCGACGGAAGAUUUACGCGAGGUGUGGGUGCCGCAGUUGUUGGCGAGCACCUAUGGCAAGCCGAAGUUACUAUCGGUGGCCACAACCGUGGCGGUGCCUGCACCGCCCCGUCGUGGGACAGCACCUGCACCAGACACUGCCAAAGCUGCCAGUCGUGUGGUUGUCGUGACUGAGAAGGUCGACACCCUUCACUUGUAUCACCCUUCCCUCGACGUGAUCCGGCACAUUCGGGCGGUGCUCGCCAUGUCGAGGAUGCCCAUUCUGGAGGCGGUCCGCGACGCCUUCGACGCAGCGUACUCGACGCGGCCUUCCACGAAUGCGGAUGGCAACAGUCACGGUGCGUGCCCUCCCACACCCACCGACGCGGAGGCGACGUCGAGAGCUUCAGAGGACUCGUCACUUUUAACGCCGUUCGCGCACUCGUGGUCGCUUCCAUUUGAGGAUAUCAUCGCUGAGUACGCCGAGCAGCGGGCGUCGACGUCGGUGGCGGUGCUUCAAGCGGUAUUGGAGAAGCUGAAGCGUGAGCGGCAGGAGAUGGAAACGUCGUGCGAGCGGUCCAUGGAGGAGAUUGCGGAGCUGGCCACCGUCGUACUCCCCACCCAACUGGAGCGCGUACACACGCGGUGUAUGAAGCUGCACAAGAAGGAGUAG